AUGGCACCUGUUAGCUCCUUCGAACACUUCCAGUCUGUUGGCGACAAUAUCUAUCUCUUCGAACCUCCCGGAUCCGCCAGCACUACGCUCGUCACUCUUUGUACCUGGCUAGGAGGCGCAACUCCUCGGCGCAUACAGAAAUAUAUCGAUGGCUACCGAGUCCUCUAUCCGGAUUCCCGCAUCCUUCUUAUUACCACUCAUAUCCUUGAGAUUACCGUACUCCCGUUCAGCGUACUCCAUGCGCGUCUAGGCCCCGCGCGCGAUAUUAUUCGUCGACUUAUCUACGCCGCCGCAGAGAGAGAAGGCAGCUGUUCCAUCUUACUACACAUUUUCUCCCACGGUGGCUGCAACACCGCAAUCCAGCUCGCUCUCUCCCUACGCAAUGAUCCUGGCCACCCACCCCUGGAAUUGGGAGCCCAUCUCCGCGGAAUCAUUUUCGACUGCUGCCCCGGAGGCCCGUCCUUCUCGCGCGCAUACCAGGCAGCUACACUUUCGUUGCCUCGUAGUCCGCCUUUAGCUCGAACCGCCGGCAAGACCCUCCUCUUUCCCGCGAUAGGUCUUAUUACAGUUCUCCAGCAGACCGGAUGGAUGAGUUCUGUUCAGCAGCUACGUGCGCAGCUUAAUAACCCUGCUAUAUUUGGGACAACGGCCAGACGGCUCUACCUAUACUCCACAGCCGAUCAGAUGGUCGGGUGGGAGGAAGUAGAGUCACAUCAGGCGGAGGCAAGAGCGCGAUUGGAAUGCGCUAUCGACGGGGUAGCGUUUCCGGAUAGUCCACACUGUGCCUUGGUGAGGGAUCAUGCAGCUCGGUACUGGAAGGCGAUCGAACGGAAUUGGGACGGGGAGGAGGCUUUUACACCAGCCACGACGACCUCCGCGUCGAGAUCUAUUCGCGCAGAGUCUUAUAAGAACCCACCCAUACGGAAGUCUAAAGUUAUAUAA